AUGAGCAGGAUUCUUUUGAGAAGGGCGACAUGCCAGUAUGGCCGAAAUGAGCUACUCCGGUCGACUUUCUCUGCCUCCAGUGCUUCAAUGCCGCGACCUUCACCUGUUUCCUACCCUCGAGCUUUCUCCGCUUCAACCUUGCAGCGAUCUGACCGACCUCCCACGUCUCAGCAGCUAGACAAUCAUCUGUCCGAGGCAGAAGAUCUGAAACUAGACUCAGAACCCACCGGAUCGACUUCAACGCAGAAUGUUCCUUGGUAUUUGCAGGAAGAGGCACCCCCAGUCAGGGACCGUCCGCUGACGGAAGCGCAACUCCCUGAAAUCCCGAAGGAUUCGCCCGAAAUGCUUUCGACCCUGUUGGAAUAUACAUACAAGGAUUUGGGCCUUGACAGUCUCAAGCUCUUCGAUCUCCGUGGGAUGGAAAUCCCUGCAGCUCUCGGCGCCAAUGUCAUCAUGAUCAUCGGAACUGCUCGCAGCACGAAGCACUUGAACGUCUCUGCGGAUAGACUUUGCCGCUGGCUAAGAAGCCAGUACAAAUUGUCACCUUAUGCCGACGGUCUGCUGGGACGCAACGAGUUGAAGAUCAAACUCCGACGCAGGGCUAAGCGAGCGAGAGCUGCCAGUGCUGCGGGCGCCAUGAUCGACGAGAAGGAUGACGGGAUCACUACUGGGUGGAUCUGUGUGAACGCCGGGGUGGUGGAUGAAGGCGCCUCCACGACACAGCUUAGUGAUGUUGGCAUUGAAGGAUUUGGUAACCUUGACCUCGGAACUAGCGUGGUGGUUCAGAUCUUCACCGAAGAGAAGCGAGCUGAUGUCGACCUUGACGGACUUUGGGAGGCUACCUUGAGCCGAGAAGGACGAAAGAAAUCGCGGGAGUCGGGAGAUGCUUCCAGGAAUACUGCGCCUCCCCGCUCCAUGUCUGAUGGAUUUGGGUCAACUCCCGGACAGAGGAGGGGUUUACAUACUAUGCGCCGACUUGCACAUCCAGGAAUGAGCUCCCUUGAGCCCGGACUUGCUGGCAUGGGGGGUGCUCCCUCAUCCCAAGGUGGCGCAGCGGCCGCCGCAUCUCAACUGACCCCGACAUCUCUACUUCAGAUCCUUUCUGAACUUCCAGCUGAGAGUGCCCGGACUGAGCUUGGAACUGGCCCAAAUGAUCGAUUGUCCACUGUUUUCCUUCGCCUCUUCUACAACAACCACGCAACCCGGUAUUCUGCACAAGAAAAAGCCACCUUCCGACUCAAACUGCGCUCUAUGGCCGUAUCCAGGCAACAUUCGGCUUAUAGCAAGGAUUCCCUCUUUAGCGCACUCUCGGAUUUCCUCCGCGACGGGUAUGACCUUCCAGACGACCUUGGAUUCGAUGUUAUUUCUGCUCUUCUGACACCACAACCAGGAGAAACCGUUCCCGAGGAUUCCGCCUUCAGAAUCUCUAAUUCCAGCCUGGAGCUCGCUUUGUCUGCGCUUGAUCGUUUAAGUCUUCGCGGUGUGCCGAUUCUGAACAUGAGGGUGUUCAAUAUGCUCUACGAGGUAAUUGGCACGUCGAGCCCAUUAUCACCAAACCCUAGUGAAUCGCUCCCGGAUGGAAACGCGCAGAAAUCUUCCAAGGCUCGCUCAGCUGAACAACAGAAAGAAAUUCACUCGCGGCUAUCGAAGCUCUUGUCGGCGGCCAAACUCCCAUUUGUUGCAGAAGAUGCUCGUCAACUUAUGGUCACCCUCUUUCGACUCGGGGACUUUGAUGGAUUUUGGCGACUGUGGCGCCAGUUUCCCUUGAAGGGUGCGAGUCGCACACAGGACGAUUAUGUGAACUUGUUCCAGUUGCAUGCCGAGCUCGGCGAGGAACGACGAGCCCGCGAGUGCAUCUCAACGGGGGUCUCUUCGAUGAAUCAGGAGUCCCCUCCUAUUGAGCUCGAAGGUCCGAUAGUCACCGCUAUCAUGCAUUGUGUUCUGGUCGCGGAUCCAAACCUUCAAGGCCGCGAUGAAGAAGCUCCCCCCAGUUUCUACCUUCCGCUGUGGACCAAGUGCCAGGAGGCACUUGGAAGAGAGUGA